AUUACUUAUCAAUGGAGCGGAUCCUCCACAUUGUCAUUUGUCAGACACUGGCUUCCCUCUGUGCCGAGCAGCUGGUGGCUCAGUGGGUUGUUCUGUCGCCUCGUAUCUCCUGCACUGGGAGAUCAAAUAUUGCUCCUGCUGUGUAUAUGUGGAGUUUCAUGUGCCCGCCUCAGCAAAGAGUUAGUGAGGCUAAAAUGUCCUGGCGGUUUCUUAUUGGAUGUUAGAGACUCCAGAUCUGUCCUGUAUUUACCUGACUUAAAAAAUAGAAGUUGUUUCUUGUGAUUUAUUUUUUUUUAAUCUUAAAGGGUUUGUUUGGUGUAAAUCAUCGUUGACUUAAUUGUGUGAAUCAGAUUCAGGAGAACCUGAAAAAGUGUGUCCACUCGCUGUUGCCGUGGGAACUGUAGUUUUCGAUGUUGCAGGUGGUCGUAAUAUGCAGUGACUGAAACGGUACUGAAAUGACAUCCAAUAACCCGUCUCUGUCAUUUGUGGCUUUGUGGGAGAUAUUCAGAAAAGAACUGUUAUGUUGUUUUAUCAUGCAGUGGUGGUUUAGGGAAAGGUCAUCAUGUGUGUGUUACGUCAGAAGAAUUUCAAGUGAAAUUCACUGAGUUUCUCUUCAUCCUCUCUGUUUCAUCGGAUGUAAUGCUUUAAAUGCAGCUCUGAGCAAAUCCCCAUGAAGCCUGGUUCUUUGUGCAGCUGUGGAUCUGGACCCUGCUCCUGUCAUUGUAUUGUCUGCUGAUUUCCAGUCUGCUUGAGCACUUGGUUGCAAUUAUUAUUACAGUAAUUAAACCAAACGCGCCUUCUAGCUUAGCGCUGAGAUGGCCGACAGGAAGCUCGCCACACCGGGACGGGCCAAACCAAUGCUUUAGCAUCUAGAUGCUAAUUACGUGUCACUUCAUUGUACUGGCAGUGAGUGCAGUUUGUCUCCGAAAAUAACUCUUUAUCUAGCAUGAUUGGUUUAGUCCAAUAUCCUGUUCACUGUACCUCUUGCUUUCAAAUACAAUCCAUUGUACUUUAACUAACAGUGACUCGAGUGUGGAAUUUAAAUUACUGUAAAGUUAUACAUGCACAUGCAUGAGAGAUUUUAAUACAUGCAAUAUAUCUGAUUCACGUAAGAUAUUAAUAGAGUAUAUCAGCAAAAUACUUUGUGAAUCUCGUAAUCAGUAAUAGCCUGCAUGCAGGUAAGGUGCAGCAAACACGCGCUUAAGAGGCUCCGGUGACACGAUGACUUGGGGCUAUUGUGUGGAAACCCAGCCACCGAUCUGUCUAUCUUUGCAUGUCUUCAUAAAGCUAAUAUUAUGGUAUCAGAACAAUGGUGUAGAUGUGGGUGCAGAAUGUGGGGACGCGGCCCUGCCAGUGUUGUGGAGGCACCGGGUAUGUCGAGGAGGGCAGGGCAUUCAGGGCUGAUUUAGUCUAUAGCAGUUUUGAAACCACACCUGACCCCUUGACUUAUAAAUAUGGUUUUUACAGUAAUGAAAAGGCCCAGCUACAGCCACCAUAGGCACAAUAAUAUGCACAUUUGCUAAAUUCAUUUGUUUUUCCCUUCAAAGUUUACUGUUGCGUUCCAACAGCUACAACUAUGGUGUCAUUUUAAGUGUAUGGGAAUCUGGAGGCGAUUUUUGGAUGCGUAUUUCCCAGCAUGCUAGAUAAUUGCCUAAUUAGAAUUCACAGGGAUACUCGCUCCUAUUGCAGUACAUACUAUUUUCGGCUUAGAUUCCCGCAGAGCAACAUUUCCCAGAAUGCCCUUGGAAUAGCUCUUAUCCUCUAACUGUGGGGUCCUAGCUGAAAGGGCAUGCAGUCCUCUGUUCUCUGGGGCUGGGACUCUCAUUUGCUGUCAGGACGCCCAGCUGGGGUCCAGAAUUUAACACCGGCUCUUAUGGUUAAGGGUCCACCUGAAUUUUUAUUGAUAAGCACUUUGUCAAAUUCAGACUGUACCUUUGAAAUGACCCAGAUGAGGGUGAACUGGAAAAUAAGCUUGGUUGGCAUUAGUUUAGGUCAUUAAAGGUUCCCAUCUUAAUAACGGGAAAAUCCAAGCUUCAGUUAUGUAAUUUAUGUAAAUAUUCUGUAAAUAUCUGGCGUGUGAAGGGGAAAAACGUCACGAUAAAUUUCUCAGUGCCCUGGAAAUCGUCACAAAAAUUUUUUCAGACUUUAAAAAAAAAUAUUGACCUGGUUAGUUGAUUGAUAGGACUUUUUCUAAAAACAAAUUGUAUAAAAUGACAUUUAAUUUUCACGUAAUUGAAAGAAUGUCUGUACUGCUGUUCGGGUUCCCAGAAUGGCACAGAACACAGAGUGACUGACAUACAGUGAAAUUUCACCUUGGGGCCCCUGCUUAAGCCCACGGUGUAUUUUACCAAGCAAGGGGCCUCCAACAGUGGGUUUUGGGGCCAGUUUCCUGAAUCUGGAAAGUCCUCCCGCUCUGACGCCCUGCUAACAUAUCAGUGUGUUACAAAGUAUUGUGAAGUAUGUAACCAAAAGGCAGUGAUUCGCUGUUGUCCAAUCACCCGCUUACAACUCUGUUCCAAGUGGCACUUCAGCAGCCCUGAGAGACUGUGUAUCUCUGGGAAGCAGCUGGUCUGGGGGCCAAAUCCCAUCUUUAACAAAACUGUCAAGUUUUAUGUAAAGUCUAUGCAGAUAAACAGAUUUUUUGCCCACAAAUCUUUCUUUCAAUUAAAAAUGAAUAUAUAGAAAAUCUAACAAUUCUGUUGUUGUAGCAUACAAAGUACGUGAAAAUAAUCAUUAAAUAAUGGCCCCUGCAGGCAUGGCGAAGCUGAGAUUUGACCCCCCAUGGAAAAUAACAGCCGAGAUCACGCUACUGGAUGGUCAGCUGACCUGCUUGUCAGCUUCCUGCUGUAAAGUGUGACUGAAUUUUUUUAAACAGGGUUAAAUAAUCCAGGUCCUUGCAAAUUGCUAUAUACUUCAUGUGCGUUUUCAUUCUACAAAUGAACACUGAAUUCUCUUUGAGUAAACUAUUAAACUUUAAAGACAUUUUGACCCUUUUAUGUUGAAGGAUGCCAUGUUAACCCAAAGAUCCUCUGAUUAAAACACGUCUGUCAUUCUUCACCCCUGAACAGUCAAAUUAAGGCUCAGAAAUAUAACCUUAGUUAUGAAAUUUUUGGUCAAAGUGACCUUUACAAACACAAUUGCUGUCAAUUUAUGAACAUCUGAAUUUAUACUUAUUAUUAUCUAAUGAAUUUGCAGCCAGCUUUUCUAUUUAUGAAAACCAGAUGAGUAGUUACGGAAAUGGAAUAACAAAUGAAGUCAUUGUGAAGAGCCAAAUAUAACAUUUUAACCAUUCAGUAUGAUGGGUACUUGUACAAAAUAGCCUACGUUGUUUUACAGAAAAGGAUCAACUAUGACUUAGUGUGACUUUAACUGAAAUUCAGCAGCAUGUUGAUUUCUGUAUUAAGCAGCAUGAAUUCAUCUUUGGCCGUUUCAUUAGUAUGUUCUCAUUAGAUCACGAUUUGUUAAAUCACAAGACACUGGUAGUUAUUAACCGAAUGUGUGAUUUGAAUUUGAAGCUGAACAUCCACUGCUUGGGGUUUUGGCAGAAAACCACUGGUGAGCAUUAGGAUCUAUGAUGCAAUGUGAAUGACAUCAUCGCGAGAACAUCCCUGGUUUGGAUGGGUACUUGAGCUGCGUAGCACAGACCCUCUGCAGUGAGGAACAGGCUGAUUGGAGUGGGAAGGAUGCAGAGCUGAUGUGUCAGGGCUGAAGAGGGAACUGGACAAAUGUCAGAGGAUUACAGCUCCUGGGACUGGUGUCAAACCACUGCUCUGUAUAUCGGGAGCCAAACAAAACAGAAGACAGCAAUGUCCACAUGUUGUUCAGAAACAAAUCCAUACCCUGCUCCCCUCCUCUCUUUGCACCCCCUCCCUCACAAACACAAAUGAUAGUUUUUCCAUCAUUCGUGCUAAUCUUGCAAAAGCGACAUUAAUGCUUAGUUAAAGUCUGACUUAGUUAAAGUCUGACUUAGUUAAAGUCUGACUUAAAAUUAGUCAAGGUAUCUUUACCCAAAGCAAAAAUAAGGAAAAAUCCGGCAGACCAAAAUCCAGCACUGUUGUCUGUGUUUCCUCCAAGCUUUUUAAGGCACUUAGGCCAACCAUGAUCAGGUCACAUUAAUUGAAGAGUACAUGGGUAUAGUGGCGGUGAUCAGUUGCCAUGGAAACACAAAGGGUUAAACUUAGCACACUGGCCCCAACACAGUAUCGUGCUUCCUGACUGCAGUGCUGUUCUCUUUGUUUCUGUUUCCUGCCAGCCCCACUGUGUAGUCUUUCCUGCUUUCUCUCUCUCUCCACUCACAGAAUCUGCAAUUAAGUUACCCAAUCGAGUCUUCCAUGUUUGGCUCGAUGCCCAAUAUCCUGCUCUGUGACUUGGGGCUUAUUUAGAACCAGGUGAAUCUCCGAACACUCGCUUACAGCUACUGGUCUGUGAGAGAGAUGAAGCGGAACAGACACGCGUGAAGCUGGCAAUGUGUGUGAAACGUGAAAGGUGUUAAUGUAUUUGCACCUUUUCGACUUGUGGUUUAUCUAGUCCGUGUGCAGUAGAAAGCGAGUGUCAUAAACAGACUGGUAUCUUUCUAUUCUGGCCUUGGAAGUGGAGACUCAUUUCCUAGAUUUAUUAUUAGUAGUUGAUAGUGAGAAAUGUAGUGUGUCAGAACCAGGGAGCACGAUAUUAUUGGAUGUAGCCAUGCAAAAAUUAGCAUGUAACCAAUAAACUCCGUUCUUCGUUUCCUGAAAAACAGAACAAGGCAGGUGUUUUGCUAAUGCUUAGGCGACGUGCUCGCAUACAUGGGGAGGCUGGGCCUCUCAGCUUACUUGGGCUUAAUAAUCAACAGGAUACCAAUUAAAGAGCUAUUAAGGGGCUCCUGGUGUGCCUCAUCUCUCCACACUCGGUGGCGCUUUUCAACCUGGGAUCCGGAGAGGAGCUGUAGGGGGUCCACAGUGUCAUCUCAUACGUUGACAGAAUUACAUUUUUUUCAGCCGGUUUAUGUAUCAUUAAAAAUAUUGAAAUGGGCCGCCCGGAGGAAAUAUAUAUUAAAGCCCCUCCUAGUUCUUAGCUCUUUGUUGCUUUCAUGCAUUAAUGGUGGUGGGGGCGGGGGGCUAGCUGUGCUGUAUUUCCCUUUGGGGGUCCCUAGUUUAAGCUUGGGGGAGAGGUGUGGCUCAGUGGGUUGGGAUGCACUGUCUGUGAACAGAAGGUCAUUGGUUCAAAUCCCAGACUCGGCAGAGUGGUUUCACCUUUGGAGGCCCUUGUUCUCAUAUUGCUCCAAGGACUGACUAACCCUGCUUUCCCAGUCGCCUGUCCCUUUGGAUGUCUGCUAGGUAAAUUAAUUGCAGAAUAAAAAAGGAAUAUAUCAACAUGAAUUUCAGGAGUCAGUGACUCUAAACCAGGGGUGUCCAAUCAUAUCCGCAAAGGGCCUGUGUGUAUGCAGCUUUUUGGGACAACCUUUAGGUCAGCUGUUCAAACCCAGCCAAUCAGUCCUCUAAUUAGUAAUCUAAUUAGGGAGUUGCAGUGAAAACCCGCAUACACAUCGGCCCUUUGCAGAUAAGAUUGGACACCCCUGCUCUAAACCUUCUUUGGUAUGUGUAUCUUGGUAUCCAUAACUUCCAUGUUCCCAAAAAAGGGUUUGGAUCACUACAGCUUUAGCUAGGUGAGUGAUUAAUGAAAUCUCAUGGGUGAGUGUACUUAUAUGACACAGAGUUAAUGUUUCUCAGACCAGUGCAUUUGCACUUCACAUAGUGACUCCUUGGAUCGUUUUGUAGGUGAUAUGCCCUCAUCUAGGACUUCAGUGAAUGUUCAUCCUGUAGGUUUUGUAGAUAUGUCAACCUGUCAUAGAUAUGUCAACCUGUCAUAGAUGUGUCAACCUGUCAUAGAUGUGUCAACCUAUAUGACAGCGAGUGCUUGUCGCUGAUGUGCAGUGCCACAUAACUUGUAAUACUGAAACAUUGCCAAUUUAAUUACGACAUUCCCAGAAGACAUGAGAUGUAACAUUUGUGCAUUUCUGUUUCAAAUUGCUCGAAAAUACUUCAUUUCCAUUUUUUUUCAGUGGGAAACAGAUACAGAAGCCAGUUCCAUUAAAAAUAAAUAUUAUGUGUAGAUGUUGUAAAAUAGGGGUAACACAGAGACUCACUGCUUGACACUGUUGCCUCUCACUUCCAAGCCUGUGGGUUUCCCCACGUUUGUGGGUGUGUGUACAGGUUCUCGCACUCAGAGACUGACUCCCCAGCCAGAAAGUCCCUGUCCUCCCGGCCGAUGCUUUCUGGGGUCGACUCCUGACCCGACACCCCUGUACUGAAUAACUGGCCAUAGAAAAUGACAAGAUACGUGGAAAAAUCUCAGGGUUUAUCAGAGCCCAGCUUCGCAGCUGUUUGAGUCAAUUACAUCCCUGUUACUUAAUAAUCUUAGUCGUUUAAUUAGUACUUAAUUAACUCAUUCAAUAAAUACAAAUAUUUCACUGUAUAUUCAGAAAAUACUUGACAUCGCAGUUUUUCAGGGGAGUUUGUUGGUAUAAAUUAUUUAGAUAAUAUGUCACAAAUUGACUGAUUAAUUCAGACAAAUGAGGUGUAAUAAAAUCCAGCAGCCGAAUGGUACAUCAUCAGCUGACAGUCCUGCUGUAACCAGGAGGGAAGGGGACAUGUGAAGGUCUGGCACAGGGUGUUGAUGGAGAGGAUUUCGAAUGACAGCCGGGACAGUGGUCAUCACAGGUGGAAUUUUAGCUACAGUAAUUUUACUGUGCAUCAUUGCAGUAUUGUGUUACUGUAGGCUACAGUAUUAUUGCUGCAAAAAGGAGGAGUCGGAGUCGGAGGAGGAGGAGCCUGACUUUGCGGUGACAUCACACCUGCCGCCCGUUCACUCCAACCACAACAUCAUUGCAGCGACGGCAUCGGCGAACGCCAACGGGCCUGCGCUCUUCACGCCGCCGUUGGCCCGCAAGCUGACGCGCUCGCAGACCUUCUGUCCGUCCUGCACUCACUACGAGAUGCCCUUCUACCUGCAGCAGCCCGAAGGCCUCCGCAAUGGUGGCCAGCGCCUCAGCCUCCGGGGGGCGCCAACGCGGCGGGACCUGGAGCUGCCCACCGAACUACCAAACUACCACAAGCUCAACCUCACCCGCUCCGUCACCAUGAGGGAGAUGUUCACGCGCAGCUGCAGCAUUAGCACCGACGUGUAGUUCCCUCUCGCUGCCAGCAGGGCGGCGCUGCCCCAGCAGGGAUGUACUGUUAAGCCAUGCCCCCUCACGUGGACACCCCUGACACGUCCUCCUGCACAUUCAGAGGCAUUUUCCCAUGAUCCUCAUGCACAGUUACCCAGCUUGGGAUGCUAAUCACAGAAAAGCUUCUGAUCUAUAUCUGUUUUUUAAAUUCCCUCCUUAUUUUUCAUGUUAAAAGAGCCUAAAAAAACAGACAUAACCAGAACUCUGAAGGCUCUCCUUACAAGUCCAACCUCCCACCCUUGACAUGGCUCUCCCGCACCCCCACAAAAUAAAUACCCCUUACUCACACUCGUGAGCUUAGCACCAUGCAGACUAUGACCUGUAUUUAUGAGUAAGCACUGACGGUUUUCUGAAUGAAGCAACGCUUAGGUCUGUCUGUCAGAGGUAUAAUCCAGCCAUACAUCUAAAAUUAAGGGCUUAAACGAUUUUAGGAAAUACAUACUUAUUAUAGAGUUUCCCAGCCACUAAAAAGAAAGCCAUUACCUAGCGCUGAAUACAUUUGAUUACAGGAAAUAUGUUCGGUUUCUAUUUCUACCUGCUGCCUGUAAAAGUACCCGAUCCCUUUUUGAUACCUGUAGGGGUACAAAUGUUGUUGUUUUUUUUUAGAUACCAGGUAUUUCACCUUUGGGCUGAAGUACUGAGGUGUGGCUUUGAAAAUUAGCUGGAGCAGCUGUGGAAUUGAAUGGACCAUCGGCUGCAGAAAUGUACCGUCGACGUGCCCAAAAUGCUCAGUCUUACACGCUGAUGUCACGCCAGUGAGCCGCAGUAAUGCACCAGGGACGAACCAUGCCAGUGCAAGAACUUUUCUUAUUGUUUUGAAAUUGUAAACCUCUGUGAAAACUUUUCAUUUUCAAGUGAAUUGUGUGGCCUAAGAACUACAUGAUAUUUGACUGUACAACUUUAUUAUUUUAUGGUGUAUAGGUACUAUUGUGUAAGACUUUUUAGUAAGAUGUUACUCUACAAAGUAUAUUUAAAACAGAGGAACAUGGGGAAAAAGCUUUUUAUUUUUGCGGUUUAUUAGUUUUUUUCAUUGAGGUGAACACCUUGUAUUCAUGACUGAUCACCUUCUAUUUACCAGCGUUGUAUUACAGACGAACCCAGGGAGUGUCUCCUUCGCUCAGCCUGGCCUGCUAUCCAGUGGGAUCCCUGUCUUCGGCUUUGGGCCACUCUGCAGAGGGUGUGUCCGUUGUUGAUGUGCAGGAAUAUAAGUGUGAAUGGUGACAAUCAUCUCUGCCACCAGCUGUCCCUUUCCGACCAAAUCCCCUAUUUUGUUUUGUCACUCAGAUUAGUUAUGUUUAGUCUGGAAGCUCAUUGGUUUACACAUCUGUCUGGAUGAGUGCCUCUCAAACGUCUGCACUCUAGCGGCAGAAAGAAGCUGAAGAUUUUCUCGCGUUAUAUCUUUAUAUCAUAUCAUUUUAUAGAAAGAGCAUUUCAACACUGGCCUCUGUCAGUGGGGCCCAAGCUGUGCUAAUUUGUUGUUACCUUCUGUGAGUUUGUUGUAUUUUUCUAGUCGCAAAGUGAAAUUCUCAUCACAGGAGAACGGAAAGCUGAAAGCUGACUUUUUCGUUUCGUUGUGUCUUUCUUUUUACAUUCACUUUCAUUCACAUUCAUUUUGCGGACAUACAAGUGGGGCAAAUAGCACAUCACAUACAUAUGUGCCACUGAAGAGUCGACUAGGCGUAAGCGCGGCUAGGCUGAGCUUCCAACGAAUACAGUUACUAGCAGCAUUGGAGCAGGAGCUACGCAACAUCUUCCAACAAAGUAAGAACCUAGUAAUGCUAUUCAACGAUUUUUAUCUACCCCCUCCUGCUCAUCCCUCUCUCCGCCAGCUGAAGGACAGGCCAUUGGAGGAAUGGUUUUGGGUAGGCGACAGUCUUGGGUACUCUGCAUGUGCCAUUUCAUCAUUGGACGGCUUGUGGUUGGCCUGGUGGCCUUGUCUUAGUGAGUGUUUCCGGCAUCCAGGGAUGAUGUCGCUGUGUGUCGUAGCCAGAAUAAUCCUCUUAUGUCCCUGCUGCACCAACCGAGUCCCUUCACACAAGCAUAUGCACUUGAAAUUUCUGUAGUAGAGUACAGCUGUUAGAGAGAGUGCUAAUUAAUUGGUUGUAUCUGAUGAGUGGGGGCUAUGUGUUAUAGACUUCAGCUGAAAGGGGAUUAUGUAAGAGACAUUAUUGUUAUUGCUCUUACCAUCAUACCGUCAUUGUUGAUACUAUUAAUUACUAAUAUUUACAAUUAUUGUUUGAUGUUCUUGAUUCUUGCCGGAUGCUGCUUUCUCUCUGUAUUGGUGUUUUUCAAAUCAUUGUGCUCAACUUUACAAGGCUUCCUGUCCCAGUGUUGCUGCUGUUCAGUAAUUCCGACAUGUUACUGACGUGGUUAAAUCUGUGAGGCUAAACACUUGGUGGGUAAUAAAAUACAGUUUAAAUCUUUUGUGCA